AUGUGGCGAGUGGUGGUCGCGCGGUCCGACGAGAACAGCACCCUGCUGUCCUCGGAGAUCGCCUCGGGCCCCGUGGGCGCCGGCCACGUACCCAGCCUGCCGGGGCCGCCCUCCGGCCACCACUGGGGCUACCCGCCGCCGCCGCAUCCCUCUUAUCAGCCGCAGCAUCCCGACAUGCGGCACCAUCACGACAUGAGGCCGCCGCCCCACGAGCUUCGCCAUACCGCCGGCCCGGACCCGAGGGCCCAGGAGAUCAGGCACGACUCGCUGAGGCCCGACCUCAGGCCCGAUCUCAGGCACCCGGACCUCAGGCACCCGGACAUGCAGAGGCACCAGGAGCUGCACAGAGCCGAGAUGCAGAGGCACCAGGACAUCAGGCAUCAGGAGAUGACGGCCAUGAGGCAGGACAUCGCUGCCGAGAUGAGGCCCGGGCACGAGUUCGAUCUCAAGAUCGACCAACAACAACAGUCGUCGCAGCAGAGCCAAGCGCAUCAGCAGAGGAACCUGAAGAGGGCCAUGAGCGACUCCGACUGCGACGACGUCUUCUCGGAAGAGAGCGGCAAAGAACC